AUGGCAGGGACAAAGGGCAAGACAUGGGAGACUGUGCCACAAAGCCGGAUCCCUCGAAACCUGAAUGCAAUCUCAGAAGCCUUGGAGGUUGGGAAGUUCGAGCGGGUGGCGUCGCAGGAGCGGGAGGAUUUCCCCCGCUUCCGGUACCUCUUCGAAUCGGGAGAGUUGCUGCCGCCCGCCGUUUUCAUGCAAGCCUUGGAGCUGGGAGCCUAUGAGACAAUCAACGGCGCACAGCUCCUUUUCGAUCCCGAGGUCCUCGUUCUUCGGGAUAACCUGGUUAUCUCCUACAAGGCGCUGGUCGCCAAGAUCAGGCAGAAAGCGUCGAAAGAGAUCGACCGCCUGCCGGAUGCUAUGAUACGAAAGUUUGCCAGUGCCUGGCAUGCCUGGGAGUCGGCUUGGCUUCGGAACCGGGAAGUUCAUGCAGUAGAGGCAUUACAGCCCUCUGUCAAAGCUAUCCUGGCAUUGGAGCCACUUAUAAUUUCAGCAGAGAAAGAGCGGCUUCUGCCGUGGCCUCGAGUGCAGCACCAGAAGGCCAUCACCUUGAAGUGCCUCGAGGGCUUUGUGCAUGCUUUUGGGGAGCUGGCAGCCUCUGUGCUACCAUCCAACAAGCGGGAGAAGGAUCACGACGCGAGGCUUCUUCUGUUGACGGACCACGUGCUCUCGCUCCGUGGGGAGAAGCUGAAAACGCAGCCCUACCUCCUGGAGAAGCUCUCAUCGGCACCAAACGUGGUUUUCCCGGACCACCAGGUCACUGCGAAUGAAGCGUCGACUCUACUAGGCUCCCAUGCCCUUGCUCCGAGAGACGGGCAAGGCGUGCCUCUAGAAAGCUACGCCUUCAAGCUGCUUGGCACAUCAGGGGACGCGAAUCAGGGAAAUGCCCGAGGUGAUCUUGCCCAGAAGGCUGCAGACCAUGCCAACGAGCUACUUAGCGCCUUCGAAGGUUUGAAGGACAUGCUGAUGUCCCUGAAGUCCACGUUGGAGCACAUUGACCCAGCCUUGGACAAGGACGAUGCCUUCGUUGCGACGCUACAGCGCUUCGAACGCGCUUUUCGCCGGUCGCGGCGGCUUUUCCUCGAGCCGGACAACCUGGCGUAG